UGAUAUAAGUCAUGACACCAAUUAACUAAAGAAAAUAUUUUUAUUUUGGUUGAAUUUUGUAUUAUUUUUGCUUUUAUAUUUUUUUUUUACAAAAUUUACAAUGCCGAAGUAUUAUAGGUUCAGAGCGACCACGCCAACGCGAAAGCCAAAACGGAAAGAAAAGGAAAGAGAUCGUGAUAUAGAAAAAAACAGCAAGUUUGAAGUUGAAAAUAACUGGCUGGAUUUGACGCUAGCUUGCUCACCGGCGCCAUCUUGGUACCUUCGUCGAAUAUCUUGGCGGGAAACACCGCCAACGAUGGGCUUACCAAGACAAAUAGCAUCGAGUUUGCGAUCGUCUUUGCAGCUCAACAAUAGGCCUGUUUUUGUUUUUAAAUUUAUUCAGCGGUUCGCGCCGAAAAUAUGAGUAUGCAAUAAUAUGUUGUUAGGCGUUUAAAUUUACAAGUUAUUUUGUAUUGAAAUUACACUGAUCAUAUUAUAUAUAGCUAAAUAUGGUCUAUAUCUCGAAAACUAGAAAAACGGAUGGAAAAAAUUUGUAUUCACGACAAUAUCUAAUAUUUUUACGUGGCUCAAGUAUAUUCUUGUACUGUAUUCGUAAUUGUUCUAUACGUGACCUGUGUAUCUAUAUUUUGUACUACUUUGUGUUCUGUUAUACCGAAAAUGUAUUUGUGAUAUAAGCUAGGCGUCUUUUUUAACAAUGGAAAUAUGUUGAAUAGGUAUACUACUUACAUAUAAUAAUAUAUUUGUCCCAUUUCAUAAGACUUUGUAAUCUUUUGUAUGUUUUAUAAUGACGUUAUUAUAUUGUGUAUUGGUUUUAUACAAAAUUGUAUGUAAUAAAUUUGGUUAGUAAUAUAACCAAAUAUUAUUUCUGAAUUUAUUAAUUCACAACCAAUCUUCUGCUUUUAAACUGUCUAUAGUGGCAUAUUUUUUUGUUAUACGGCCUAAAAAUGUUUUUUUAUUAAUUUCCGUCCACUUGCACUGGGUUCCGGGUCUUUCCUACUCUUCCCGUGCUAUGUGUGGCGAAUAAGUUAUUGUUAAAAUGUUAUUACAAGUAUCCACUUGUCUCAUAUACAUUGCUUGCUUCGUAGUCGGAAUUUUAAAUGAAGAUAAUAUAAAACAGAUAUUAUUAUU